AUGGCCAAGAACCCCCAAUCGGAUAUCAACCAGGCCGAUGUCGUGGGGAUACUGACCAACGCGAGGCUGGCAGUGGUGCAUGAAGCCUGCCCCAGCGCCUACUCGUCCCUACCAAUGGAGGAGGUGGAUGUUGUGGUCUCGGAGGAGAAUCAAGAUGAGGAAAUGCCAGUUAAGAAGAUGCUGAAUGAAGGAGAGGCAAAGCUGCAACAAGCCGUGAAGCUUGCCAAGGACGCGUUGACAUCCCGAUCGAAGAUCCUCUUCUUCUCGGAGUUCCUGUUCGAUGUUGGUGCUCUUGCCGCCGCUCUAACAGACUCAUCCAUUGCCUAUGCGGAGUUUAACGGGACUAUGAAUAGGGACGAGAGACAGACGGUUGUAGAUUACUUUGAAAGCAACGAUCAGAGUGUCAAAGUCUUACUACUUACCGCUGUCGGGGGAGAAGGCAUCGCCCUGAUGAAGUACAGUGUGGAUCGGAUCGGACAAACAAAGUUUGUCCAUACAUAUCGGCUUAUCAAUGACGAAAGUUUCGAGUGCUAUGUGAAGCGCAAGCAGAAGAUGAAGAUGAGUUCCUUGUGUUGGAUGAUACAACGCGAUUUUGUGGAUUCGUCGCUGGAAAGAGUCCAUGAAUGGACAGAAGAGGCGCUCUUCGGAAUGUCAAAGGAGCUGAACUCCUAA